ACAAUCUUUCCAUAGAUUGAGAGAGACUCGAAAGUCUUACCAUAUUCCUCUCCGUUUCCACAUGUAGAAAGACGAAAAAAAUAAAAAUCGAUCGUUGCAUAAAUCAUGCUUGUGCAAAGAGCAAAAGAAGAGUGACACGCACAUGAGACGUACAGAAUCCUACACUACAUAGAUUGAGGACACGACUCAAAGUCACUGCGACUCCUCAGUCGUCUUCCCUUUUUUCACAUCUCUUCCUAGUCCCUAGCCUCCCUCCACCCCUUGAAAAAAAGAAGAAGAAGAAGCUCUUCAGGGGAGUUGGGAUUUAGAGGGAAAGAUGACCAUGGACAAAAGACAGCAGCAUCAAUAUUAUGGAGCACCUCCAAAACCUACCAGAUUUGCAAAGCAUUGGUGUCUUCUCCUGAUCUCUAUCUUCCUCUUUUUGAAUACAAGAACUCUUGCUUUUGAUUAUGGUGAUGCCUUAAGAAAGAGCCUUCUUUACUUCGAGUCACAACGUUCCGGUCGCUUACCCUACAACCAACGAGUCACUUGGCGUCACCAUUCCGGUCUCACCGAUGGCUUAGAACAAGGAGUAGACUUGGUUGGAGGAUAUUAUGAUGCAGGCGACCACGUAAAAUUUGGACUGCCAAUGGCGUUCACUGUGACCAUGCUUUCAUGGAAUGUAAUAGAAUUUCAACAUCAGAUUGCCGUUGCCGGAGAAUUAGAACACGCAUUAGAAGCAAUUAAAUGGGGCACUGAUUAUUUCAUCAAGGCACAUACUAGCCCGAAUGUGCUAUGGGCAGAGGUGGGUGAUGGUGACACCGACCACUAUUGCUGGCAACGGCCAGAGGACAUGACCACAUCACGGCAAGCUUACAAGAUCGACGAGAAUAAUCCCGGGUCAGAUCUUGCUGGAGAAACUACGGCGGCAAUGGCUGCAGCAUCAAUAGUGUUCAAGGGAACAAACCCGCAUUACUCUCACCUACUCUUGCACCAUGCCCAACAGUUGUUUGAGUUUGGAGACAAGUAUAGAGGUAAAUACGAUGAAAGUGUGGGGGUGGUGAAAAGCUACUAUGCGUCGGUGAGUGGAUACGAAGACGAAUUGCUGUGGGGAGCUAUGUGGUUGUACAAGGCCACCGGCGAUGACAAGUAUUUGGAGUACGUCAUCGGCAAUGCUCAUUGUUUUGGUGGGAUUGGCUGGGCCAUGACAGAGUUCAGUUGGGAUGUCAAGUAUGCUGGCCUUCAAAUCAUGGCUUCCAAGUUGCUCGUGGAGGAAAAACGCAAGGGGCACAGGGACACGUUGGAACAAUACCGAUCGAAAGCCGAGUACUACAUUUGCUCAUGCCUUGGCAAGAAUAACGGUGGCAACGUGAAUCGUACUCCGGGUGGUCUAUUGCACAUCCGGCAAUGGAACAACAUGCAAUAUGUAUCAACUGCAGCCUUCCUUCUCACUAUAUACUCCGAUAUCCUUCGAAACUCGACUCAAAAGCUCAAGUGCCAUGGAUGGUCUGUGGAUUACCAAGAGAUACUCCAUUUUGCUAAAUCUCAAGUUGAUUACAUCCUAGGUUCUAACCCAAUGAACAUGAGUUAUUUAGUGGGUUAUGGCCCUAAAUACCCCACAAGAGUGCACCAUAGAGGGGCCUCAAUGGUGCCAUACAGAGAGAGCAUGGGGUUCAUUGGGUGCACCCAAGGGUUCGACCUCUGGUAUGGUCGGGAAGAGCCCAACCCUAAUGUUGUAGUCGGGGCAGUGGUUGGAGGACCUGAUUGUCAAGAUAAUUUCAUGGACCAGAGAGGAAAUUACAUGCAGACUGAGGCCUGCACGUAUAAUGCAGCACCACUAGUUGGAGUUUUUGCCAAGUUGUUGCAAAUGGAAGACCAAAAGAGCGAUGAUAAUCAUAAUCAGCCUUCGGCAGCUUCUUCUUAGGAAUAAAAAUAGCAUAUCCUAUCGGAUUUUCUACAGACUGCUUUCUUGGUGGCUGGACUAAGGUGGUUCAAGCCUUACUAGUGCUUCUACCUUUUGUUGUUUAAAUUCCAGUGAGCAGAAGAUAGAAUUAAUUAAAAAAAUUC